GAUGUGGAGAUUUGCAGUAAUUUAUGUUUGGGGUUUACAAUUAGGCCGUUAUCCUGGAAUUUUUAAUAAUAGUGCGUGGACUUGUGAUUCUUUAAAUUUACCAAAUGAAAUUGAAGAAACAUUUCCUGUUGUUCACAAAAUAUUUACUUAUAUUCAGGUUAAAAAAGGAAAAAUAUAA